AUGCAGGCUGAAAUACGCGCGCAGCUACCGGACGUCGAUGCGGUGGUCGUCGACUAUGCCGCUGGAUACUUGAACCAUGCAGCACGGCAGUUCAGCGCGGAGGGAGACCCUCUGGCAGAUGCGGCUGCCGUCAUCACUCAAUUGUUGCUGUCUGCAUCAGGAGACCUUUCAAAUGAGAACGAAGUCUCGGUGCAAAAUCUGGUCGAGAAAUUUGUAGAGCGCCUACACAAUGAAAACGGCACAGAUGCCGAGCGGCGGCAGCAAGCUCCAUCGGUCAAGAAGCUUGAUCAGUCUCUGCAAGUGGGCUCAACACGGAACAUAUCCUCGACCUUGGGUCUGACCGGAGGCGCUGUCGAUCUCGAAUCUGCAAACACACGCAAGGUCGAAUCGAGAGUGGACAAGAAGAAGCUCGAGAAGGCUGAGAGGAAGCUGCGCGCAAAGCAAGACAAGAAGGAGUUUAAGACUGUCGAGUAUGAGGCAUCGCGACUUCUCGAUGUGCCGGACGAGCAGCAGUCGUAUGAAGAGUUCUUCAUGGCUGUCAAUCCUCUGCAGCUGGGUGCUGAUGCUCAAUCGAAGAGCAAAGACAUCAAGGUCGACGGCAUCGAUAUCUCAAUUGGUGGCAAACGCAUCCUGUCAGACACCAACCUGACCCUCGCGUAUGGCCGCCGAUAUGGUCUCGUAGGUCAGAACGGUAUUGGUAAAUCGACGCUGCUUAGAGCGCUCAGUAAGCGAGAGGUUGCCAUUCCUACUCACAUUUCAAUUCUGCACGUUGAGCAGGAAAUCAUGGGAGACGAGACGCCUGCCCUGCAAGCCGUGCUCGAUGCUGACGUGUGGCGAAAGCACCUGCUGAAAGAACAAGACAAGAUUGCCAAGGAGCUCGCAGAGUUGGAAGCAGAACGCGCCACCAUGGCAGACACAUCAGCCGACGCCGCGAAGCUCGAUAAGCAGCGCGAAGGACUGGACAUCACUCUAAGCGACGUACAAGGCAAACUCGCGGAGAUGGAGUCUGACAAGGCAGAGUCCAGAGCGGCUAGCAUUCUCGCAGGUCUGGGUUUCUCACAUGAAAGACAGGCGUAUGCCACAAAGACCUUCUCUGGUGGAUGGCGUAUGCGCUUGGCAUUGGCUAGAGCUCUAUUCUGCGAGCCUGACCUUCUGCUCCUCGACGAACCGUCGAACAUGUUGGACGUUCCAUCCAUCACAUUCUUGGCCAAUUACCUACAAGGUUACCCCAGCACGGUGCUGGUUGUCUCCCACGACAGAGCUUUCCUGAACGAAGUGGCAACAGACAUCAUUCACCAACAUUCUGAACGACUCGACUACUACAAGGGCGCAAACUUCGACUCUUUCUAUGCGACGAAAGAGGAGCGACGUAAGACGGCUAAGCGGGAAUACGAGACACAAAUGGCACAACGAGCUCACUUGCAGGCAUUCAUCGACAAGUUCCGCUACAACGCUGCCAAAUCGUCAGAAGCACAGUCGAGAAUCAAGAAGCUGGAGAAGAUGCCAGUCCUGGAAGCGCCCGAAAGCGAGUACACUGUGCACUUCAAGUUCCCAGAGGUUGAGAAGCUAUCACCGCCCAUCAUCCAAAUGUCCAACGUCACUUUCAGCUACAGCAAAGACAAGAUUCUGCUCAAGAACGUGGACCUGGACGUGCAGCUCGAUUCGCGUAUUGGCAUUGUUGGUCCGAACGGAGCUGGAAAGACGACUGCAUUGAAGUUGCUCAUCGGCGCAUUGCAGCCAAGUUCCGGUCUGAUCUCGCAGAAUCCAAGACUUCGCAUUGGCUUCUUCGCGCAGCAUCAUGUCGACGCACUGGACAUGAAUGCUAGUGCUGUUGGCUUCAUGGCCGCAAAGUAUCCCGGAAGGUCGGACGAAGAAUAUCGACGCCAUCUGGGUGCUUUUGGCAUCACUGGUAUGACAGGUCUGCAGAAGAUGGCAUUGCUGUCUGGAGGCCAAAAGUCCCGUGUUGCAUUCGCCUGCAUUGGCUUGACCAACCCGCACAUUCUCGUUCUUGACGAGCCGUCCAACCAUCUCGAUAUCGAAGCGAUGGACGCUCUGAGUACGGCACUGAGGAACUUUGAAGGAGGUGUUCUGAUGGUCAGUCACGAUGUGACUAUGCUGCAGAAUGUGUGCACGAGUCUGUGGGUGUGUGACAACGGCACUGUGGAGCACUUCCCGGGUACUGUAGCUCAAUACAAGAAGCGCAUCACGGAGCAGGCGGAUCAGUCUGGUGUAGUUUCGAAGCAUUAG